CUCACCAGCUCGUUGGGGGACAGCAUAAGAGGAAAGAAAGCUGCACAAAAAUCUCCAAGAAUACAGGCAGAGACACGGCUGCCUGCUGCGUUCUGAGGCAAGUAUCAUGUAUGCUUGCUUGCUGAUCUGAUCUGCUUCGAUCUGUACGUGUGUUGGUGGAAGAAGAGAACUGAAGAAGAAGAAGAGGGGUGGUAUAUAGCUGCUGAGAGCUAGCUAGCUAGCCAGCAAUGGCGGCGGAAGUGCAGUCGGCAGGGUGGGGGAGGCAUGAGCAGCAGGACGGCGGCGCGUGGAGGAAAGGGCCGUGGACCAGCCAGGAGGACGCGCUGCUCGUCGAGCAUGUCAGGCAGCACGGCGAAGGCCGGUGGAAUUCCGUCUCCAAGCUUACAGGUCUGAAGAGGAGCGGCAAGAGCUGCAGGCUGCGAUGGGUUAACUACCUGAGGCCUGAUCUGAAGAGAGGCAAGAUCACACCCCAGGAGGAGAGCAUCAUCGUCCAGCUCCAUGCCCUGUGGGGAAACAGGUGGUCGACGAUCGCGCGUAGCCUCCCGGGCAGGACGGACAACGAGAUCAAGAACUACUGGAGGACGCACUUCAAGAAGGGCAAGCCGUCCAAGAACAUCGAGCGCGCGAGGGCGAGGUUCCUGAAGCAGCGACGCGAGAUGCAGGAGAGCCAGCUGCAGCGGCAGCAGCAGGCGCCGACGCCACAGAGCAAGGACGACGACGACGUCGUCGUCGUCGCCGUCGCCGAGGCCCGCGGUUCGUGGACAGACGACGACGACGUAAUGGGAGGAGCUGCGGUGGCGCCGCCACCGUCGUCGCCGACGCCGACGCCGACGCCGGGCCGCGAGGCGGAGGAGCUGAUCAUGCAUCAGGACGCGAUGGACGACCUCAUGCUGUGCCCCGCCAUGUCCUACCACCUCCUCCUCCUCCACGGCGCCGCGGGCCACCAUCAGCUCAGCGACGGCGGCGGCGGCGGCAGCUGCUGCGCCUCCACCAGCGAGGAUCAGUACGGCUCGAGCGAGGAGGACGGCGCCACGUGGGGCAGCCUGUGGAACCUCGACGGCGUGGUCGUCGACGCCGACGCCGACGCCGCCGCCGGGGCAUGCACGCUGUGGUAGAUCGAUCGAUCGAUCUCUCUCCCGUCCGUCUGCAUAACUGCAUGACGCCAUGAGAUCGAGUCGCGAUCUCGCGUACGUACGUACAUACAGACGACAUAGCUAAGCUCAUGGAUAAGGAUGGGACAGCAACUACGCAUAGAUCGUACGUCCACUUCGCAGUGGCCACAACGACGGCCUGAGUCGAUGACACGUUGAAGCUAUAGUACUAUUAUUGGUCACUUCUUUAAUCCAAGGGAAAUUAAGUGAGUAAUUAACUAAUGUGUUCUUCCCUCGAAUAGCUAUCUAGCUCUCUAUAUAACAAAUUACUGAGAGAGAUGCAUGCAUGUGAGGGUAAGAGGGUCGUUGUUGCAAUUAAUUUGUCAUUGGGAUAUGUUAACUGUUAAUUACCGAUUAUGCCAUGUAGUAGUGUUAAAAUAUGAAUGUAAACUUGUAAUUAAAGAGCAGUUUUAUGACUGUUGUUAUUAUCCAUUUGCCAGAUACAAGGGGCAAGACAAGAUGAUGUGUGGGG